UCAAAGUACCCACUCCUCCUUGAAAACAAGGGAGAAUAAAGCCGCUCCCUUUCUUCUGUUGUCAUCGUCCCUCUCACCCACCCACCCCUCGUCCAGCUACUAAUUAAAACGUCCACAAAAAGAAAAAUGGACUCUCCACUCUCCCCAUCGUCAAACUCCUCCUCAUCAUUGUCAAACUACUUGGAUCGUGCAACGCCAACCUCUGCGAAUUUUCCAAGCAGCAUCAGUCCGACGUCUGCAACGCCAGUAGGUGGAGCAAUUGCACAACAACCUUUACCACCUGUCCCAACUCGCUCAUUAUCUGCUACCACACCAACUAUACGGUCUCCUCCUAGCGGUGGAGGCAGUCAGACGAAACGACACAGUUUACGAUCGCCGCCACCUCCACUUCAACAUCUACCGCGUCAUGGAUCUUUCACUGGCAAUAACAACAACAAUGGCAUCAAUAGCAGUAGUGGUAUUAGCUCUAUACCACUCGAUCGCACAAUAUCGUUGCAAAGCAACAACACGACUACUACUACUAUCACAACCACCUAUCAACAGCGACCCACUUCACCCGUGACUUCACCUAGCAUACAUAAAUCUCUUAAUGCGCUCGACGCCAAAUCGAUUACUCGUGAUAUGGAAAAGUCAACUCAAUAUAUGCGAGGCGACGAUACCAUGAUCAGCUCACCGUCAUCGCCAACAGCGAGCAGUAUGAACCCUUCCAGUUUCUAUUUUUCAGCAUCAAACAACACGAAUGCAGCAAGUAGCAGUAGUGGUGGUCCAGGCCCAUAUAGUCAUCAUCGACAUCAUCCUUCCACAACGUCAGUAGCAGGUGGACCUCCUGGCCACCCUUAUAUCCGGCAAGGGAGCGUCAGUAGUAUAACUGUGACCAGCAAUGCGCCGUCUGUCGUUGGUGGAGCAGCUUCUACCGCCGCAGGAACUGGCGGUGCCCCUACAAUACCACCUCUACCAAUAUCUAAUCCGCAAGGCGACGUAUGGCAAACACUAUGCGUCCGUGUUCUUCCUUUAUUUAACGGCGAGGGAGUUAAGGGAAACAUUGAAGAUCUAAACGAGCUUUUACGGCGUUGCUUAUCGGAUCCAAUAUCUCCACAGCUGUACAGCGAUAUCGAAGGACUGCUGCGGGACGGCAUGUUUACAUUGAAUGCAAAAAUGUUGGGUGUUACCGAUGAAAAAUUAUUGGACCGACUCGUUGAACAAUGGUCGUUCUUUUUCACCUACGCAUUACCUUACUUUGAAGCCGUCUUUUUGCCCCUUCGCACGGACAUGCGUUACCGAACACUGGACGAAGCUGAAAUGUGGAAUGUCCGUAACAUGGCACUGCGAAGUUUCAGAGAUAAUGUCAUCUUAUUACAAACAAAACGCCUAGAAGAUGUAUUUGCAAAACUAUUUACGGAUUUUGGGUCUUCACAAAACCCCGCGGCGACAGCAGCAAAAAUGCUGCAAAUGACUUCGCUCUUGGCCUCUGCACCCGAUCAUAACGAAGAGAUCGAACGGGUUCUUUCCAGUCUCAAAGCCAAUUGGAAGAUCAUGAUGACAAAAGGAGAUAGACGAGGCUUUGCAGGUGUUCGCAAAGCAGGGUCUGGGCAAUCAUCUGAAACUUCGAAUCAAAUUUUCGGCACGCUCACAUAGAGAAAAAAACUCUACAAUAUAUAACUUUUUGUUCUAUUUGAGACUGUUUUGUAUUGAAAUGGAUUGAAGGCUAUCAAUUGCUCGUCGUCCGGCUAACCGGGACGCGCAAAACCUUCGGGCAUGUCGGUUU